CUUCAUACCGCUUGCCUAGCAGUUUUGUGCUAGGCACAUUAACUUGUGCAAUUCCCACUACAGCCCUGUGCCAUGGACACUGUUGCCAUGUUACUACUCCUUGUACAAACAAAAAAUAAAAUGGAGGCAGAGGGAGGGUGAUGGAGCAAAGUUGGGCUUCACAGUCCAUUGCUCUCAGCCCUGCUCACAAAGGAGGAAUUGAACCACGUAGAAUGCCUGCCCAAGCCUGCUUUCUUCUCACUGACCCAGAAACAAGCCAUUGAACCUUCCCUCCCAAGUCUGGAUCCCACUCGUUCUUUGAAGGUCUUUAAAGUAAACUGAUAAAUCGCCUAGGUCCCUCAGUUUUUUGUGCCCAAUGAGCAGCCACAACUCAAAGCGAGCAGUGGGCGGGGCUGGCGGAGGGGCGGGGACACACCUGCUGUGCCUCUAGUUGCUGCUUGAAAUAAGCGGUCCCAUGAAGAACCAUGAGCUGGACUUGUCCGCGUUGCCAGCAACCCGUUUACUUCGCUGAGAAAGUGAGCUCCUUAGGCAAGAACUGGCACCCUUUCUGCCUGAAAUGCGAGCGCUGCCACAGCAUCUUGUCCCCUGGCGGGCAUGCAGAGCACAACGGGAGGCCAUACUGCCACAAGCCUUGCUAUGGGGCUCUCUUUGGACCUAGAGGGGUCAACAUUGGUGGUGUGGGCUGCUAUCUCUACAAUCUCCCAACUCCUCCCACUGCCAGGAGAAUUUCCCUCAGCCCCAGCAACUUUAGCCCCCCCAGGCCAAGGACUGGCCUCCCCCAGGCUAAGAAAAGACCUCCCUACACCAAGACGUUCACUGGGGAGACCUCACUGUGCCCUGGAUGUGGGGAUCCUGUCUAUUUUGCUGAGACGGUGAUGUCUUUGGGCAGAAAUUGGCACCGACCCUGUCUGAGGUGCCAGCGCUGCAGGAAGACCCUGGCUGCUGGAAGUCACGCGGAGCAUGAUGGCACCCCUUACUGCCACAUCCCCUGCUAUGGAUACCUGUUUGGCCCCAGAGGUGUGAACAUUGGCAAUGUGGGCUGCUACAUCUAUGACCCGGUGGACAGAAGAUCCAAAUGAGCCAUCCUCGGGAGUGAUCACCCUAGCUCAGGCUUCCCGCCAUCUCUUCCAUGGCCCUGGAAGCUCUGGAAUUCUCUACUCCUUUGGGGAAGGAGAAGGUGAAAUCCUGGGGGCUUGGGCUUCAGCUCUGCAGUAGACCUGAGUCUAGACUUUCUUUGCCAAUUCUUUGCUUUCCCAUUCCUAUCUGGAUGGCCUCCCCGCACCCUCCCACU